AUGCCUACAGCUACCAGGGGGCAUAAGUCAAAGAAGUAUCGGGAAGAUAAGCCCCAGACAACCGCCGAUAUUGGCGAUCUCCUAUGGAGGCCCCAAAGCUCCACAAGACCUGUCAUGGUGCCUCUCUCGGAUGGGCCGUCAUGUUCAUCCAGCGAAACAUCCCUCACCGAUCUGAGAGAGCUGGAGACACUGACAAGAAGUAAGCAGGCUUAUAAACCGUCAGACCAAAAAACUGGGGUGCCAGUGACGGAAUCCACCCUGAAGGCCCUCCUAGACGAGUUACGCCACAAUAUCGCUACUGACAUCUCUGCAUUCAGAGAAGAAAUCAGCAGAGUCUCGUCCCGUCUACAUGAUAUGGAGGUGACCACAGCAGGCCAUGAGACACGGCUUACAACACUGAAGCGGGAACUCUCUGCGCUAAAGUGCGAACAGGCAAAGACACAACACCACAUGGCCGCAAUUGAGGACCGGAGGCGGUGCAAGAAUGUAAAGGUCCGUGGCCUUCCAGACACUGUCGCCAUAGCUGAAAUACCUCACCUGAUCCAGAGGCUUCUGACCCAAUUAUUCUCCACCAAACCAGCAAAAUUGAUGACACUGGACGGCUGCUAUAGACUCCCAGUUCCACCCGCAGUUCCAAAACGGUCCCGACAAACAUGUGUUCAUGACCGCCAUCCGCAACAAGUCACUCUACACCUUUGAAGAUCAUCAGCUGACAUUCUACCCAGAUCUCUCCAGAGCAACCCUAGACUGGAGAAGGUCCCUGAGACCCUUAACUGUGGCACUUAUAAAGCACAAGGUGCCUUACAGAUGGGGAGCACCGAGGAGCCUUCUGAUCCCCCAAGAAUCUGGGACAUUGAAAGUGCUGGAGGAUACAGAAAUACCCAGCACUCUACAGAAAAUCAGGCUGGCUGCUACAUCAGAGGGAUCACCGACCCCUGCUCCGGCCACACAGCCAAAUUGCCUGGGACGCCUUAAGAGUGCGCCCUUUGUUCCUGCCAUGCUGCAGGGUAACCCUGCAACUACCGAUGUGUCCUGA